AUGGCCUCGGAUCAGCCCAAUGGUUCGCUUGACGUCGCCAAUGGCGGCGCACCGCACAACAAGCUUCUGGAACGGGUGGUGCGGACGCCAGGGCGCCAACCAUCACCACAGCCAACGCAUCUGAGUGUACCGGGGGCGCCGCCGCAGCAUUCGCAUACGCUCCAUGAGACCGGCUCUGGCUAUGUGGCUCCGAAGUUCGAGGGCAAACAGAAGCAGAUGGAAGAUGUCGUUGCGCAGGUUGACGAGAAGGGCUUCCUGCCCUCUGACUUGGUGGAAGAUGAAGUCGAGUGGUUCUACAACGAGCUUGGCAUCGACGACAUGUACUUCAGCACGGAGACUGUGGAGGCUAUUGUGAGCCACAUCCACUCUUUGUAUGCAGCAAAGGUUGCCGCGUAUGCUCGGGACGACAAGAAGCUUGAAAUCAGGCUUGACAAGGAGGCCAGCGACCAUGCUGUCUACAUAGACACUUCUGUGCCAGGUGCUUCGCCGGCGGAUGGCUCAGGCUUCGAAGCGAGACUGGAAGAGAAGUAUUUGGAUGGCAGCAGAGGCCUCAACUCCUACCGAGUGGAGACGUUCCGCUCCCCAAGUAAGCUGCCUGGUGGAGGAGACCAUGCGUUACGGUGCUACUUCGUAUAUCACACCAGCUUCAAGAACAAGGAUCCAGAUCCGCUCGAAACCAGCAUCGAAGUGCUUGGUGAUUCUCGCUUCUUGCAGAAGACCACACCAAACACUAGAGCUUUGUACCAGCGUGUCAUGGAUUCGGUGGUGUCGCGUACCGGGCCCGUCAUUGACAUGUACGAUGUCGAAGGCUCAAGGGAAAAGCGGCUCGUCGUAGGCUUCAAGCAGGGCUCUGCGCUUGGACUGUUCACCGCUUUGAGCGAUCUGUACCACUACUACGGCCUCACCUCCUCCCGAAAGUACGUUGAACAAUUCAGCAACGGCAUCACCAUCCUCUCCAUAUACCUGCGGCCGGCACCGCAGGCGGGGACGAACCACCCGCCAAUCGAAGCAUCAAUUCAUCAGAUCAUGAAGGAAGUGUCGCUGCUAUACUGCAUUCCGCAGAAUAGGCUCCAGUCGCAUUUCGCCAAAGGCAGGCUAUCCCUACAGGAAGCCAUCUAUGCCCACUGUGUCUGGGUCUUCACGCAGCACUUCCUUAACCGUCUUGGCAACGAGUACAACACUCUCACUUCGCUCCUAGAUAUCAGCAACCAGGUCCACGCGGAACUUCUUUCGAAACUGAAGAAGCGUCUGCGUACCGAGACCUUCACCGCCGACUACAUUCUGGAGAUCAUCAAUCAGUAUCCCGACCUUAUCCGGUCGCUCUACUUGUCGUUCGCGAACGCUCACUACGUCCAGACCCGAGGCGAGCAAGACGACUUCCUGCCGACUCUGUCCUACCUGCGCAUGAAGGUAGAUCGCGUGCUCACGGACGAAGAGCUCAAGGAUAUGAUCUCUAAAGCGACCAUCAACGAGCACCAUACUAUGGUCAUGUCCGCUUUCCGCAUCUUCAACAAGGCUGUCUUGAAGACGAACUUCUACACGCCCACAAAGGUCGCGCUCAGCUUCCGACUCAACCCAAGCUUUCUGCCCACCGAAGAGUACCCGCAGGCGCUAUAUGGCAUGUUUCUGGUCAUUAGCUCGGAGUUUAGAGGCUUCCAUCUCCGCUUCAGGGACAUUGCACGCGGUGGCAUUCGCAUCGUGAAGUCUAGGAGUCGCGAAGCGUAUGCCAUCAACGCGCGCUCGCUGUUUGAUGAGAACUACAACCUUGCAAACACUCAGCAACGCAAGAACAAAGAUAUUCCGGAAGGUGGUAGCAAGGGUGUGAUCCUACUCGACAUCCAGCAUCAGGAUAUGGCGAGGGUAGCGUUUGAAAAAUACAUUGACAGCAUCAUGGAUCUGCUCCUCCCGCCUACUUCGCCUGGCAUCAAAGAUCCGAUCGUGGAUCUGCACGGCAAGGAGGAAAUCUUGUUCAUGGGUCCGGAUGAGAAUACCGCAGACUUGGUGAACUGGGCGACCGAGCAUGCCCGAGUAAGAGGCGCGCCUUGGUGGAAGUCGUUCUUCACAGGCAAAUCGCCGAAGCUUGGGGGCAUACCACAUGAUACGUACGGCAUGACCACAUUAUCCGUCCGCGAAUACGUGCUUGGCAUCUAUCGUAAACUCAACCUCGACCAGACGCAGGUGCGAAAGCUGCAGACUGGCGGACCAGAUGGCGAUCUCGGGUCGAAUGAAAUCCUGCUGGGUCAGGAGAAGUAUUGCGCUAUCGUUGACGGCGCGGGAGUCUUGGUCGACCCUAAUGGGCUUGACCGCAAGGAACUGCUGCGCUUGGCGAAGGAGCGCAAAAUGAUCAACCACUUCGACAUCAAGCUGCUUUCGCCCGAAGGCUAUCGAGUGCUCGUAGAAGAGACGAAUGCUACGCUGCCGUCCGGCGAGAUUGUCAACAACGGCACCACGUUCCGCAACACUUUCCAUCUCCGCGAUACGGAGCAUUACGAUGUGUUCGUGCCAUGCGGUGGCCGACCGGAGUCUAUUGACUUCAGCAGUGCAAGCCGAUUGAUCAGCAAAGGCAAGGCGACAAUUCCGUACAUCGUCGAAGGUGCCAACCUCUUCAUCACACAAGAAGCCAAGCUGCGCCUGGAAAAGGCAGGCUGCAUAGUAUUCAAGGAUGCGUCUGCCAACAAGGGCGGCGUCACUUCUUCUUCGCUGGAGGUGCUUGCAUCGCUGUCAUUUGAUGAUGAGAGCUUCUUAUCGCAUAUGUGCGUGCAGUCUGACGGCACGGUGCCGCAGUUCUACCAGGAUUACGUGCGGCAAGUGCAGGCUACAAUCCAGGAGAAUGCGCGGUUGGAGUUCGAAGCGAUCUGGAGAGAGCACGAGGAGACGGGCGUAGCGAGGAGUAUCCUCAGUGAUCGACUGAGUACCGCGAUCACGAAGAUGGACGAGGAGCUGCAGUCCACUUCACUGUGGGACGAUAUUGAGCUGCGGAAGAGCGUCUUGAUGGAUGCGCUGCCGAACUCACUGUUGACUGAGAUUGGACUCGACAAGAUGCUCGAACGGAUACCGGACAACUAUCUCCGCGCCAUCUUCGGCUCUUUCCUUGCCAGCCGGUUCAUCUACACUAUGGGCAUCUCCGCAUCGCCGGUAAGCUUUUUCGCGUUCAUGAACGCACGAAUGGCGAAGGUCAGACGACAGUAA